GAGUAUAAUACUCAUCCACAGGAGCUCAAAUCGCUUCCAACUGCUGAUUUUCCUUCAAUUUUUAUUCUUUAAUUUUCUUUCUGGGAGUGAAAAAAAACCCUCAUAUAUUUAAAAAAGUAAAACGUCACGCACACAUGCGCAUAUAGGGAGGCACACUGACGCAUACUCUUGUUGUAUAGUUUUUUUCCCUCCUCUUUGGAAAAUGUUUUACCGCAUUCAACAGUCUCCUCGGCGCAAACGGAGCGCGCAGGGCGCAAAUGUCUUAAAGUUGCGCCGUUUCGUUCUCCUCCUUUCUUUUUAAAGCAGCGGCAAGAAGAGAAGAAAAAAGAGAGAAAGGAGGUUGGGUGAAGUCGCUGAACUGAUCACGAGCCCAAACGGACAGUUUAAACAAGGAGCGCUUCAUGAUUGCGGGAGUUUUCUUUCAAAACUGGGAGGAAAUCUGAGAUCUGCUCGUUUAUCAAGAUGUUUUAAAGCAAAGGAAGGAUUUCCCGCUCCGGUCUGUGUGGAUUGAUUUUCCUCUCAUGCUCCCUCUGCCCAGCAUUCCCUCAGUCAGUCCACGGAUUUUUGCCAUUGCAGCUCAGUAGAGGGUGUCAGAUCUUUCUUCGAGCGCCGCGCACGGAUGAUCUCCGUCUCCGGGUGAUUUUUCUUUCCUCCCUUUUUAAAUCUGUUAAAUUUGGAUUUUAAAGAGGAAAGCGGAGGGCGCUGGAGGAGGACGUGAAGCGGGGAGGAGGGGGAGGAUAUGCGGGUGUUUUGGAUCUCCUGUGAAGCCCCAGCACCAGGGGAGAGGGGACAGCUCCCGACGCCGCAGCGCGCCGUACCGCUCCGGGAGGGUUCUCCAGCGUUUCCCCCCACCAAGACUCCAUUCGCAGAUUGGGAAUCAUGAGUCGCUCACGCUGAGGGAGAGAGAGGGGGAGAGGGGUGGAAAAAUGCUGCUCUGGAUCGUCCUGCUGAAUGCGGCUCUUUGUGUUGCCAGCGGAAAUGUUACAAGGGACGUUUGUAAGGAGCAGGUCUGCUCGUGCGGCGAGGUGGAGGGCGACCUGCACAUAGACUGCGAGAAGCGGAGCUUCACCACGCUGCGGCACCUGACGGGGCCGAGCUCGCAGUUCUAUCACCUGCUGCUGCACGGCAACUCGCUGUCCAGACUCUUCCCCAACGAGUUCGCCAACUUCUACAACGCCGUGAGUCUGCAUUUGGAGAACAACGGCUUGCAUGACAUCGUCCCCGGAGCCUUCUUGGGGUUGCAGUUGGUGAAGAGGUUGCACAUCAACAACAACAAGAUCAGGUCUUUCAAGAAGAGCACGUUUCUGGGCUUGGAUGACUUGGAGUACCUCCAGGCUGACUUCAACCUCUUACGAGAUGUUGACCCGGUUGUUUUCAGGGACCUAAAUAAGCUUGAAGUGUUGAUACUCAACGACAACCUCAUCAGCGCUCUGCCCAUCAACGUGUUCCAGCAUGUGCCCAUCACACACCUCGACCUGAGGGGCAACCGGAUCAAAACUUUGCCUUAUGAGGGGAUUCUUGAGCAAAUACCGGGUAUCGCGGAGGUCCUGUUAGAAGACAACCCAUGGGACUGCAACUGUGACCUGGUUUCUCUGAAAGAAUGGCUGGACAACAUACCACGCAAUGCGUUGAUUGGCAGAGUGGUCUGCGAGGCCCCCACCCGGCUGCAAGGCAGCGACCUGAACGAGACAUCAGAGGCAGACCUGUGUCCCUCACAGAGCGGAGGCCUAGACACCAGCCUGGUAGCCCCUCCCACUCAGGAGGAGAUCUCUCAGCCUCGAGUGAAGCCCACGCCUUACAAGCCGAGUGGGACCCCAGCGCCUGGAGUACGAGGCCCUAAAAGCCACUCAAAGUCUCGUGAGAACUGGCAGCUGAAAACAAAACCCACGCCAGUGGUGAAUGGCAUGAAUGGCGACGGGGAGCAGCUGCACAAUGUGACGUGUCCUCAGCCAUGCAGCUGCAAGCUGGUUGGCUCCCGACAAGGAUUGGGGGUCAACUGCGAGAACAAGAAGAUGGAGAGCUUGGCUGGCCUCAAGCCCAAACCUUUAAUGGCUCACGAGCUGAACAUGAGAGACAACAACAUCCAUGCUGUGAAGAAAAACCAGCUGCUUGGCUACGCCAGCCUCAACCUGCUGGAUCUGGGGGGGAACAACAUCAAGAUGAUCGACAACAGCACGUUCCAGAACCAGAGUGAGCUCAGGUGGCUGUAUUUGGAUAAGAACUACUUGGAUACGCUGUUGGCGGAGAUGUUCCAGGGCCUUGUGAAUCUGGAAUACCUCAGUUUGGAAUACAACGACAUCCAGCUGAUAGUGGCGGGCGCUUUCAGCCCCAUGCCGAACCUGAGGGUUCUGUUCCUCAACAACAACUUGCUCAAGUCGUUGCCUGUGGAUGCUUUCCUUGGGAUUUCUCUGUCCAAAAUUAGCCUGCAUAAUAAUUAUUUCCCCCAUCUACCUGUGGCUGGCGUGUUGGAGCAGCUCAGCUCCAUCAUUCAGAUUGAUUUGCACGGGAACCCGUGGGAUUGCUCGUGCAACAUCGUGCCCUUCAAGCAGUGGACGGAGAAGCUUGGGGCUGACGUGAUCGUCAGCGACCUCAAGUGCGAGUCGCCGGAGGAGUUCUGGAAGCGCGACUUCCGCUACGUCCGGAAUGACCUCAUGUGCCCCAAGCUGUAUGAACGUGUGCCGCCCACCUCCCUGGCCAAAAACAGCACCUUCGCCCAGGACACAGGGACACACUCCUACUUGGAGCCCAGCCGGGUGUCCAUCUCGGUGCUCGUGCCCGGGCUGCUUUUGGUCUUUGUCACGUCUGCGUUCACCGUCGUGGGGAUGCUCGUCUUCAUCCUGCGCAACCGCAAAAGGUCGAAGCGGAGGGAAGGGAACUCAUCGGCGUCGGAGAUCAACUCCCUACAGACGGUGUGCGACUCAUCCUACUGGCACAGCGGGCAGUACCACGCCGACGGGGGGGCGCACAGGGGCUUCGACUGCACCACACACCUCUCGGUCACAACUGACUCGUAAAAUGUGACGAACCACACUGGAUUACAAACGACCAUAGUGUGAACAGAAACUCAACUAUGAACCAAAACUAGUCCGUCUGCUGCUGCACAGGCCCCGAUCUGUAAAAUAUGUACAUGCCAAACCCCUCUGGCUUACCCCCCUUCCCUCCCUUCUUCUCCCCCCUCCUCCUAUCUGCCGCAAUCGGACUACGGAUCUCUGAGACAGAAAAAAGUGGAGGAGAAGAGGGGAAAAAACCAGCCAGAGACUGUGUGUGUGUGUGUGUGUGUGUGGGACUGAGAGAGUGUGAGUGAGCUGGGGAAUGGUGCACGAACGCAUGAAUGUACAUGUAAAUACUCGGGACUGAUGUAUCAUAAAACUGCAUGAUGAUGAUGAUGAUAAUCCGCAUGGUUUCAACAGACACACAAAGGCGAGGAACCAUAACCACCAACAAAGAGGCAAACCUUUCAUGUUCUAUCAAUAUGGCGACUAUAUAUAUAGAUAUUAAGAAUUAUAUAUGACUAUUACAAAGUGCCAUUUCUCUAUUUUUUGUGAACCUGCGGUUAGGAUUUGUAUUUGUUGUUUUGAACCUGUUGGGAGGGAAGAAUCGGGAGGAAAAAAAAUCCAGUCUGAGCGGAAGCUGUUGGUGCAUGUUCCUUUUUUCUGUUCCGUCAUUUUGAUUGUCGAUUAUAAUAAUAAUAAUAAUAAUAAUUAUUAUUAUUAUUAUUGGGGUUAUUUAUACUAAGGUGGCUGCAGAUUCCAAACCCACGUCUGCUCAGUCAUCAUCUCCUUUAUGAAUGUAAGAAAAAAACACAAAAAAAACGUUGUUCUUUUUUAAAUGGUGUGCCAAUGGUUGACUUUUUCGGGAUAAUUCAGACACGGCAGAUGAGCACGACUGAAAGACGUCUCUCAGAUGCCUCUGCUGCAAAACUUCAUGUAGCUCCGAUAACAGUUGCGUGUUUUUUUUAUUUUAACUUUGUGUGUUGAUGAUCAUAGCCUGCAUCGAUUGGUUGAUCGAGGUAAAGAAAAGGAGGCAGAACGGAGGUUUAUACCAUCAUAUAUUUGCAGAAACUGAGCAAAAAUGUAUUUUCUGAUUGGUUCAGUCGAUGUAAGCAUAUAGAAUAGCAAAGUAUUCCUCCACACGAAAAAAAUAAGAAGCUAUGAAUCACUUUCAUCAUAUUGUGAGCUUUUGUAAAGCCAUCUAAUCCUGUUCAAAUACACUGUAUUUGCUGGGAAAAAUGUGCAGGAAGCAGGGCCGUAGAUAAAGCAGGGAACUGAGGGGGCCAUGCACAGACAAGACACAUGAUGCAAGAUGCCUUUUUCAACUCAGCAUUUUGGAAACUUGAGAUACUCCUUUUUGGUUGCAUGCUCUUUUUAAUUAAUUAAUUUAUCAUUAUUUUUGUGGACUCAAAAACAAAAUAAUGCCAUAGCUGUUUGCAGCUGUCCUGUUUGGGGGAGAGGAGUGGAAAAAAUCCUAGAAAUAGUUGCUCCCUUACAGAUUACUUCUGUUUCUGCUUUUUGACUCUUAAAUAUUAAAGUAUGAGGCCUGAGUAAAUACAAAAUGAUGUUUGCAAGUGGCAGUUUCACUUAUGAAGGGGAAAAGCUAGCGAAGCCAACCUAGCACUGUGUAAUAAAUAAAUACCCCAUAACUUACUAGCUGAGUGUAACACUGGCAGUUGGAGGGCUUUCUAACAUAGAUGGCCUGCUUUAGGUCAAAUGUCAGAUAUUCUUACUUAGGAUUUUCUGUUAUAGAGCAGCAAAGCAGCCCCAGACCAUCACACUACCACCACCAUGUGUGACUACACGUAGAGUUGUUAGUCUUGAGGGUAGCCGAGAUGUUUUGUGUCAAAUAAGAGUUGAUACUGCAUUCUACUUGAUCAGCAGAGGUUCUGGCCAUGCAGUUCUCCGAUGGAGGCCAUUUGUAUCCCUUGUCUAUUUAUAAUCGUUCAGUCAAGACCUCAGAUGUUAAUCAACUGGGGCCUCCGAUGCUUUGUUGUGGGUACUUAUAUGUUUAUAUGUUGUUUUUUGAGAUAUUUUAGCCUUUUAGACUUGUUAACCUGUGAGAACUUGUGAGAAUUGGGCCAAAAUUAAAACUACUAACUUGCCAAAGUGGUACCUUUUUUAAAACAGCAGUCAAGAGCUGCUAAAAAGUCUCUCCAAGGGUCCCAAAGGGCCCUCGAACCACACUUUGGACACCUCUGAUCGAGAAGGUUUGUUAUUUUUGCAGAUCUUGUAGAAAUAUUGUCUGAGUUAGGCUGGAGGAACUCAAUUUGGAUUUACUAAUGAUGGUAAUAAUGGUUCAUCACAGGUAAUUAAUGACUUAGCAAGGGGUGCAAAUACUUUUCACAAUGGCCAGUUUAAAAUUUUCUCAGUAAAUGAAGUCAUAAUUGGAACAAUGCUUGUUUUAUUUACUCAGCUGUAAAAUGGACAUGUAUUUGUUGAUCUGAAAAAUUCGACCAAAACGCAAAAAGUGAAGAAAUCUCUGAGGGGGCAAAUACUUUCUCUAUAGCACUACGGGUCAAGCACUCACUUUUCUUUUCUGUUCUUGAAAUGUUUCAUAUUUUUUGAACAAUGUGAGAAAUGCUGCGCUUGUUCACGUUUGUUAGUUUUUAACGUGACCUUUUAUUUUGAACGACUGCAUAUCUGAAGAGAAAAAAAACUUUUUAGUCAAAUUUAUCAAAUUAAACCAACAUUAUUAAGUUCAUGGAAGAAGGGUCUACUCACCUGACCCCCCCCCCCCCCCCCCCUUUCCUUUUUAUUUACCCAGUCCUCCCCACUGUCAUACAGUGUAUCUCUAGGCGCUGUCCAUGGUGCUGAAUCACUCCCCGAUCCAUCUCUCUCACUUUCUCAGGCACGUAGCUGUGCUCACUUGCUAUGGGAGCGAGGAAGAGCAUCUGUCGUGACAAUUUUCAAGCGCCCCCCCCCCCC